AUGCCGGCGGCGGGGGGCGGUCAGGCCGAGCCGGGCCCCCGCGGCGGCCCGCUGAGGCAGCGGGACUCCCGCCGGCUGCCGGGGAGGCCGGCGCGCCCCGCCGCCCAUCCCGCUGCGGCUCCGGCUCCGGCUCCGGCUCGCCCGGCGGCGCUGGCCCUCGUCACCCUUCUCAGCUUCGCCUCCCGCUUCCACCGCCUGCCGGAGCCGCCGCACGUCUGUUGGGAUGAAACUCAUUUUGGGAAGAUGGGAAGUUACUACAUUAAUCGGACCUUCUUCUUUGAUGUCCACCCCCCUUUGGGGAAGAUGCUGAUUGGACUUGCUGGCUACCUUAGUGGAUAUGAUGGUACAUUUCCUUUCCAAAAGCCAGGGGACAGAUAUGAGCAGCACAACUACGUGGGAAUGAGAGGGUUCUGUGCGUUCCUUGGCUCUUGCCUGGUUCCCUUCGCCUACCUCACAGUGUUUGAACUGUCAAAGUCACUGCCAGCAGCCUUACUCACAGCUUUCAUCCUUAUUUUUGAUACGGGCUGUAUUACUUUGUCCCAAUAUAUUCUGCUGGAUCCCAUUCUGAUGUUCUUCCUCAUGGGAGCUGUUCUGAGUAUGGUGAAAUGUAACAGCUGUGCGGAUAGGCCAUUUUCUGCCUCCUGGUGGUUCUGGCUGAGUUUGACUGGUGUGAACCUUGCUGGAGCAAUGGGGGUAAAGUUUGUUGGCCUUUUUGUAGUCCUCUUGGUUGGCCUGAACACUAUCUAUGACCUAUGGGACUUGCUGGGGAACCUCAGCCUGUCGCUGGUGAUGUUUGGGAAGCAUUUACUGGCUCGUGUACUCUGCCUCAUCCUGCUCCCGCUUGCCCUCUACACGGCUAUGUUUGCUGUUCAUUUUACAGUAUUAAAUAAAAGUGGUCCUGGGGAUGGUUUCUUCAGUUCAGCAUUUCAGUCCCAGCUGAUCGGGAACAAUCUUCAUAAUGUCUCCAUUCCAGAGCACUUGGCAUAUGGGUCUGUGGUCACAAUGAAGAACCUCCGGAUGGCAGGGGGAUACCUUCACUCCCACUGGCACCUCUACCCGGAGGGCGUUGGGGCUCGCCAGCAGCAGGUCACUGCCUACUUACAUAAAGAUUUGAAUAACCUGUGGAUUAUAAAGAAACAUGAUUCGGAUACAGAUCUGUCAGACCCCUCAAGCCCUGUGGAGUUUGUGAGGCAUGGAGAUAUUAUUCGUCUGGAACAUAAAGAAACUUCCAGAAAUCUUCACAGUCACCAGCAUGAGGCUCCGCUGACAAGGAAGCAUUUUCAGGUCACUGGCUAUGGAAUAAAUGGAACAGGAGACUCCAAUGAUUUCUGGCGGAUUGAAGUGGUGGGCAGAAAGGCUGGGAAGCUCAUCAAAGUCCUACGGAGUCAGGUCCGGCUAACCCAUGUGGCCACAGGGUGUAUAUUGGGCUCUUCUGGAAAGACUCUGCCAAAAUGGGGUUGGGAACAAGUGGAAGUCACCUGCACACCAUACCUGAAGGAGACUCCCAAUUCCCUCUGGAACUUUGAAGAUCAUAUUAACCCUAAGUUGCCCAAUAUCAGCCUGGAUGUUUUGAAGCCCUCUUUUGCAGAAAUUCUACUAGAGUCCCACAUGGUUAUGAUCCGGGGAAACAGCGGCCUCAAACCAAAGGACAAUGAAGUUACAUCCAAACCUUGGCACUGGCCCAUCAACUACCAGGGCCUGCGUUUUUCUGGUGUCAAUGAGACCGAUUAUCGGGUUUAUUUGCUGGGAAACCCGGUGAUUUGGUGGCUAAAUCUGGUCACUAUUGGGUUAUAUCUUCUGAUAACAGUUUCCACUGCAGUGGCCCUGAAGAGAGGUGUCCAACUGACAUCUGAACUCAAAGAACUGUCCAGAGUCAUGCUACGUGGUGGAGGGCAGAUCACACUGGGCUGGCUCCUUCAUUACCUCCCUUUUUUUAUGAUGGGACGAGUUCUCUACUUUCACCACUACUUUCCUGCCAUGCUUUUUUCCAGCAUGUUGACAGGAAUCACCUGGGACACACUACUGAAGUUCUGUGCUGGGUUCUUGUCACCCAGCACUACAGCUAGAAAAGUAUAUGGAGGGGGGUUCCUGGCACUGGUUCUGCUCAUCAUGUACAGCUUCUACCUCUUCCAUCCUCUGUCCUAUGGGAUGAUAGGACCCAUGGCCUCUGACCCUAGCAGCCCCAUGGCAGGGCUCCGGUGGAUGGACUCCUGGGAGUUCUAGAGCCAGCAAAGGGAGCCUGGAAACAGUGGAUGAGAAGCAUGAGAUCUGCUGCAUGUCAGGCUGAUUCUGGUGCUUUGGAGACAUGUGACUGUAAAAUGCCCUCUCUGGAGAACUCUGGCUAUAGUAGCCCUGUUGCUUUGGCAUUUGUUUGCACUGCCUGCAUUGGAAGAUGCAGAGAAUGACCGUGAGAAGGUCCUCUUAACAAGACUCAUGUCCUGAAUCCUUAGGUUAUAUUCCUGGACAACUGGCUGCUUAAAUCUCAAUUCUUUUGAGCAAUAUAUAUCCAUCAAACAGCAGUGGCAUUCCAGCAGUCAGACCAGUACAAGCUGGAGGCUGUGUGUAGUUGCAUGUUCGUGUGUGUGUCUUCCUUUUUGUAAUCUAAGCACCAUUACAGUUUGAGCCAGAGAGCGUCUGAGACAUUAGGACUUUUAUCAUGGUUAACAACCUUUCUUAUGGCGAGGUUUUUGAAAGCUUCAUGUAGGUAUCUGGGGACGUCCAUUUUAUCCUGCCCUGGCUGUCUGUGGUUUUUUUGUUCUGACCCUGAAUUUUUAGAAUUUGACUGAAAGGGGUCUGCUUGAAAUCUCCUGAGCCACUGUGCCUUGCCUGUCUCCCAGGCCCUCUGUAGACAGAGGAGAUGGAGAUUGUUUAUCCCUGUAUACUGCCUUGCUUUCUGGUCACCUUUAAUCAUUUGUAACAAUCACCAAGCAGGCCUGUGCUCAGAGCCAGACUGUUCCUGCUCAGCACUUUGUAGCUUCUUUGCAGUUCUGUGUGAAACUGCUAAAGAAGUUACAGUGGAAAUAGCAGGUGAUUUAUUUUCUGCCCCAGUGUGCUGUGAAGACCACCUUCUUGGGGGUGCACUAGAGACUGAAAUGAUAGCUUGGAAAUUUUAGACAGCUGUCAAUCAUCUUUUGAUCCCAGCUGUUCCAGUGCCAGUACCUGCACUUUUAGGGGGAAGGCUUCAUCUUAAUGAAUGUGGCAUCUGCAAAACUGGCUGUCAGUGCCACGGUAUCUGCUCACUGCAUUCACAAUAUUGAGCAAGUUCCCUCUCGUAGACAGCUGAACAUCAAAUUACUGUAUUGAAGGAAACGUGAGGCCAGGCAAAAAUUCUUUGUCUGUUAAGUGUCAAGAGCCAUUGGAUGUUGAAUCCACCCCUUCCAAAAAAGCAGAAUUCUGUUUAUCAGGUGCCUUUCUCCUGUGUUAGGUCUAUUUUUGUAAAUGUUCCUUUUAUUCCAUCUCCUACUCUUCACCCAAUUUCAAUUUCUUGUCACAGUUCAAGGUUGCUACCUUGUAUCAUCCAACAUGAAUGACACUUAGACCACAGCUGUGUUCCUGUCUCAAGAAGUAAUAUUUGCAAAACCCUUUUGUGUAUGUUUCCAUGAACUCAAGCCUUUCAUUUCAGAGUUCUUGCUCUGCUUCUCAGCCUUGCUUCAAAAUUACAGGUACAGGGAGAGCAGCAGGUGAGUGCGUCUGUCUGUAAACAAGAAUUGUGCUUUCAUUUCUCUUACCAAACCUUGAAUUCGAAUGUAUUUCCUACAACACAGAAGGGCUGUAUUAGCGUAGUUGUUCUGUGUGGGGGACUGAGACUCCAGUCAGACUUGCUUUCGUUCCUCUUUAAUAGAGAUGCAUAGCAUUGUUCAGUAAGGCAGCUGCUUGCUAUUGUAAGGCUCUGGCUUGGUGUGUCAUAUCUCUCUCUCCAGAAGUUGACUCCUAUAGACACUAACUCAGAUGGUAUGGACCUAUGCUUUUGAUUCUAAAGGUUUUGAGUUAAUCACCUGCUGGUAAUACAUGGUGGGAAGUCAUUGCACUAAUUAGCUACUGGGUUUGAUGAUUCUUUUCCACUUGCUAUUGCAGGAAGUGCUCCCACCUGCGGGAGCCAGGGGUUCACAGAGGUGAUAUAUAUGCAAGAAGGAUGAGGGAGAAGGCUGUAAACUUCUUCAGAUCCUGCUUGAUCUGACAGCAGCUGCAAAUUGUUAACUGUUGGCAAUGUGGCAGGCAGACAGUGCAGUGCUGCCUUUGUAGCAAUGUGAUUCAGCAUCUUCUGCUCUUGGUGAGAUUAUUGGCUUAAUACCUUGCUACCCUGAAUAUGAGCUUUCCCUAAGGUAGUCCCAUUGCCAAGGGGAGGAUUUGCCAGAAGAGCUGAUAAAAGCCAUGAUUUAAAGUGCAGGGUUUUUUCCAGCACAUACAAUCACACGCUUGCCCUUAACAUUAACAACAAAAAAACCCCUAAGAAUCUUGUGUUUUGGAAUGACAGUUUCUAACACUCUAUUCGUCAAAUUAAAUCUGUGGUAAAGCAAAAAUUGACUCAGUAACCUUGGUUACUUCAGUUAUUUCAGUUAUUAUGAAGGGGUCAGCUUUGUAGGAGCUGCCUGAGGAAGAUGAGCCAGUGUGUUCCUUGGCCAGGGUCCCUCUAUCCUUUAUUAGUAAUAAUCUUUUGGGUGGGGAUUGGCAGCUGAGUUUGGGGAUUGGCCAGCUGAAGGUGGCAAAUGUCAUGCUCCCAUCCCACCUUCCUGUGCACAAGCCCAGCUUCUGUUUCAAUACAGACAAAGGUUUCUUUUUCUUUAGGACUGCCAUUUCAGAAAUCCUCUGAGAGCACUUGAUUGGUGUUGAGACUAAUCUAUUUCUUAGGCCUUGUAUGCUGGUAAGGGGAUAGAGGCAUACAGUGAAAAAAAUCUUGCUGUUCCACAAGAGGGAGCAACCUCCAGCAGAAGCAGAUUUUUUUUUUUUUUUCUUUUAAAUGAGUUAAAAGUAUUAAAAGGUCUACAUUUGAAGACUGGAGGGCAGACAUUUCCUCUGCACCCUCUGGACUCCAAGGGUGGGGUUUUCAAGUAAGUGUAAAUUGAUGUUGCUCUGUUUUCUUUCAGGAGAAAAAUACUGAAAAAUUAUUUUAGUUAGAAUUUGACCUUCAAUAUUUGCUUCUCAAAACAAAACCUGUCAGGCUAUAGCUGGAACAUAGUAGUAACCAGUAUUUUGUGAGGCCAAUAAAAUUCAAUAAUUGGGAUUCCCUUAAUGACUCCGACUUAAAAUGUCUGAGUGGUGCAGACGUGAGGCAAUGGGUGCAGGGCCCUCUUUGCUUUCUGAAUGGAAUUUGAGCUGCUUCAGUUCAGUUUUUCCAUUUGUGUUUGUGGAAUGAGUUCAGGUUCAUUUUGAGGACUGCUUAUUAGUCCUCUUCCCCAGUCGUGUGGAAAAUAGCUAAUGGUGCUUUCUGAGGCUGGAAGAUGCUGUUCUUUGGAGCAGCUGCUCUCUUUGAACUUUGCUUGACAGGGCUCCUUUUAUUAGUGGCAAAGUAUUUCAUCAAACUAUCCAUGGAUUCAAAUCACAAAAAGCUGCAGGCUGCCACAUUCCCUGCUUCAAAUUCUUUUUUGUAUGUAAACUCUGUUUUCACCUCUUCAGUCUUUGGAGGAUAGAUAGAAGGCCUCUAGGCUCAUCUAGCUUCAUCCUAGACAAUCCAUCCAUCUUAAAAGGUUUCUGUUAACAGUUGCUUCAGGACACUGAUGCGCACACACCUAUUCCAGCAGCAGGGACUGGCCUAUUUCCAGGAACUGGACUACUCAUGCUAUGAGACAGAGAUGUGACUGUGAGGAGGAUUUGAAUGGAGAUUCCUGUGCCAAGGUUGCCCUUGGCCCAGGUGGAGGACUUUGUGUCGUGCACUGCUUACCAGCCUCAUUCACAGCCCUGUGGGUGGGAGAGCCACCUCCACUCUCUCGUCUGCAGAGAGUUUUCUUUUUGCACCUUGAUUGGAAGGGCUUAUUGAUGCACGAAGGGUAUUGACAGGAUCUACCUUUUUAUAUCUCCCUCCUUCCUCUUCUUCAAGUAUGUCCAAAGCACAGGACAUGUCUUUGCUUCUCCUCCAAUUUUUAGGCUGUGCAUCCAUUUCUUAUGGGUGCCUGAACAAGGAGUAGGACAGGACACCUCAUAGUAUCCUGAGUGGAUGAAUACCUGUCACAUGCACUGAGAGCAAAACCAGAACCUUGUUAAGGAAAAGUAAACAAAUGUGUUAUUUGACAGUUCCCUCCUGUCCUUCCUGGAUCCCUUGGAGAAUUGUUUUCAAGGGACUUGAGAGUGAACCAGCUGUCAACAUGGAAAUGCAGGCACUUACGUGAAAUUCUCCAUUGUCACACUUGGCGGUUUCCCUUCCAGAGGCUGUGCCUGUGUGACUUACCCUCUGGGUUGUCACUCUGCACACAAGUACCAUAUAACACUGUUUCCUCCUCUCGGGAUCCUGCUGGCAAUGUGAAAAUCUCCUUAGCGAUACCCUGUGCCUCCGCCAGCUGGGGAAUAUAGGUAAGAUUUUUUUUUUUUUCUUUUCUCCUUUACAGCAAGUGACCCCACACAUUGGCAAGUGUGUGUCAUGAAAGCAAAAAUGUGUGGACUGUUAGAACAUCAUAAGGCUCUUUCCUGCUGGGAAAGGAAGGUUGAGGAUAAGAACACCACCUCCAUAGCACACUUGCUCUCUUUGGGGGGCUGUGGGCUGCAAGCAGUCAGGACUGAAAAUUGUCUCCAUCUUCUUUAAAGUACUAAGACAUUGGUUGCAUCACUGGUUGUGAGUUGCUUUACUUUUUAAACUCCUUUAUGCUCUUUACUUGAAUGUCAAGGGCUAUGAUUGUCACAAAUAAUAUCAGAGGUAGGGGACAUACUAGCACAGAAACCACUCCUGCUGAACUUGUAAUUGGUCCUAAAACUUUGCCAAGUGAGUUUGUUGUGUUUUAUAAGAGGCGCUGCUUAAACCCAUCCUUGAAGAACUUGCCCCUGACUGAGCAAGAGUUUGGAGCAGCAGUGAGAGGGGUUCUUUUGUAAUUCUGUCCUGUACUCUGAACCUUUCUUACUAAUGCUGCGUGUGUAUGUGUGCGCAUGUGCAUCUGUCCGUAAACUGAAUGUAUUCUAACUAAGGUGUAAUUACUGCACCAUACAGUGCGGAUGGGAGAAUGUUCCCUUGAGCUAUAAGUGUAUUUUGUACAGGAGAUCAUGGAAAAUUAGGUAGAAUUUGGAAUUUAAUUUUGUAAUAAAUACCUCUUCUUUCAAGCAUUCUCUUUGCGUCUAGAUCUUGGGGUGGGUUUUUUUUCCCCCCCUUUCCUGUCUCCCUCGCAUGCUUGAAGUAGCAACAUGAACUUUAAACGGACCCAUUGGAGAGUUCGAUCUAAGACAAUGGUGAUCUACGUCAGCUUUUAGCACACAAAUGUUGCUGGGCUGCAAUUCUAGGA